CGAGAAGCUUCCCUGUCACCCCAGCAGCAACCAACUAACUAAAAUCCUCCUUCAGUGCAUCUGACCGAGAUGGCGCUACCCCUCCCUGACGUCAAGUCUGUCGUGGACUGUGCCUCCUUCAGCCACACUGUCCUACCCUUCUUGUCGCAAAUCACGGCGCUUCCCGAGCGACUGCAGCUGGCAGCCGCAGCCAAGGAUGUGAAUAUCCUCAAGGACAUCUACCUCUCCACCAAUCCUUUCAUCUCAGCUCUCUUCUUGAGUCUGGCCCUAUCAGUCCUGUUUGUCAUCGCUUCGGAGAUCAACAGGAACUACUCCCAGGUUGACCGGUUCUGGAGUAUCCUGCCGUCCAUCUACAAUGUGCACUUUGCUCUCUGGGCCCGCUUGUCGGGUCUUCAGACUCAGAGCUUGGAUACUAUCGCAGCCAUCACCUUGAUUUGGAGCGCCCGCUUGACGUUCAACUACUGGCGCCGUGGUGGCUACUCAAUCGGCUCGGAAGACUACCGCUGGCAGGUCGUACGCUCCAAGGUCAACAACCGUUUCGUCUUCUUCAUCUUCAACAUCCUCUUCAUCAGCCUGACGCAGUCCUUGCUGCUACUCUUGAUUACGGCUCCGACCUACAACUUCCUCCUUCUCUCGCGCUUGUCGGACCACAAAUCCUUCGAGGUCCCGGACCUCGUCUUCUCCCGGGUGGCCUUCUUCUUCAUUAUCAUCGAGUACUUCGCCGAUCAGCAGCAAUGGAACUUCCAGACUGCCAAGCACAACUACCAGCAGACAGCCCGCAUCCCCGACCAGUACAAGGGCCGGUAUGAGCCUGAGGAUCUGGAGCGCGGCUUCGUCGUCAGUGGUCUCUGGUCCCUGUCUCGUCACCCGAACUUCCUCUGUGAGCAGGCCAUCUGGCUCACUCUGUACCUCUGGAACUGCUACCGCACCGAAUCUUACGUCCAGUGGACCGGCAUUGGUGUCUUGGGCCUUCUGCUCAUCUUCCAGGGUAGCGUUCGUCUCACCGAAUCGAUCAGCGCCGGCAAGUACCCUGAGUACAAGGAGUACCAGGCUCGCGUGGGACGCUUCAUUCCCCGUCUGUCGGUCAAGCCCAAGUACAAGAGCAGCAAGAAGAAGGCUCGCAAGGCUGUCACUGAGCAGCCCGAGGAGAGCGAGCAGACUACUCACGAGGCGGACAAGAAGAGCCAGUGAAUUUGGAGGAUACUUGAUGUGCCGAGUUCACAUUGAUCUGCCUCUUAUUUCGGUUCUGGGUGUUUAUCAUUUUCAUUGAUCCCGGUUUCAUUUGAUGAUUUCGAGUUGUUUUGGAGUACAUAUCUUUUGGUGUUGGAUCUUCUGGAAAACAUAUAUCAUUCUGCUUUCUGCAUAUACUUUGUCAUGUUCAGUCUUUGAUAUCCUUGUCGAAUUUAUGAAAAGUUCCACCACUGAAGAAGCACGCGGCAAUUGGGCGGGCCCCUUGUAUGCGAAAUUGACAACACGCCUUCUAGCUUCUAAAUGCACAGCGCAAAUGAUGUGUUGCAGACUCGAACCAGUCCUAUUUACAAGUAUAGUUACCCUACACCGCACAAUGGCCUACGAUGUCACUUGAGUUAUACUUAAAUAUAAUUUGAACUCGCC